AUGUUCGACUGGAUCUGGCCGCUCAAGUCCGUCCAGGGCAACGUCGUCGUCGUCACCGGUGGCGCCACAGGUCUAGGGCGUCUCGUCGCGCUCAAUUUUGCUGCUCUGGGCGCUGUCGUCGUGAUCUGGGACUUGCACCCGGAAUCAGGUCGUCGCGUCGUCUCUGAGAUCGAAGCUGCGGGCGGCACGGCCCAAUUCUACGACGUCGACGUGACGGAUCGGGAGCGAGUGGUCGUGAUUGGCCGCCAAGUGCUCAGUGAGUGGAAAGCAGUGGACAUUCUUGUGAACAAUGCGGGGAUCGUCGACGGCCGCUCCGUUUGUGAGACAUCGGACGACUCGAUCGAGCGCACGAUGGCCGUGAACGCCACGUCACAUUUUUGGACCAUCAAAACGUUUCUACCAAUGAUGAUGCAGAGGGAUAGGGGUCAUAUCGUUGCAGUAGCCAGUGCCGCUGGCAUCUUUGGAUCUCCUGGGAUGGUCGACUAUGGCGCCAGUAAAUCUGCAGCAAUCGGGCUCAUGCGCAGUCUACGGCAGGAGCUGCAGGCCAUGGGUUCUUUCGGUGUGCAUACAACUAUCGUGUGCCCUGGCUUUAUCACCACAGGGAUGUUUGAUGGCGUGACGAUCCCGUGGUUCACGCAGUGGUUGACGCCUGAGUUCGUAGCGAAAGAACUCGUGGACGCAGUGCGCAGAAAUCAGUACCGGGUGCUGCUGCCGCCUGUUCUGCGUGUCUUGGAGCUCGUGGCGACCAUCAUGCCCAUGUGGUUCAUUGACUGGUUCAUUCGCGCUACUAAGACGUCGCAGGCUAUGAACACGUUCAGGCAAACUCGCGCACAUGUGCUAAAGCGCGAAUAG